AUGGCUCAGAGUCUGCACAAGCCACUGCGUUGGAACCUCACGAUACCGGUAAUCAACAGCCCAGAGAGCUGCUACCAGCAUGUCUCGCGAGUCUGCAACCCAACACGAUCGAGAUCGAGAUCUGACUUUUCUCCUUCCCCUGAUUCACAUCCCUUCUCAAGUAUUCGCGAACAGGUACCAUUACGAGAUAUCGCAGGGAGAAAUUUUGAGCUUCAAAGUCGAGAGAACUUUUCGGACGAUGCCCCGAUGCGAGAAAGCACCACGCUAUAUCGAAGCGAACUCGAAAAUUUGCACUUUGAUCCGGCGUUGGUGGUUCGCAAUUCGAAGCCAUCAAGGAAAGCGGAAAAGUCGCUCACUCCUCUUCGGCCUCCCUUGCAGCAUGUCUCUAACCAUAUCCUCAUAUCUCCGACCCGCACACAAUCCUUCGGAACCACGGAGCAUAGCAACAUCCCUGGCCUGGGCGAUCGUCCCCUGUCGAUCGUCCAGCUGCUCAGGCCCCUAUCGGAUUGCCAGGUCGAGAAAAUCAAGAAGUCCCCAUCUUGCAUGGGAAACCUCUUUUCCAGGGUUACCACUUACCACGCAAAAGACAUACUGCCUUCGUUGACGCUUGAUUUUGCCCGACCGUUUGCUUCCCGACCAGACCAUUUAUCGUCUUCAGGCGGCAUGACGUCUUCAAUACAAAUCGCUGAAACUCCCGCUGCGGUCAAGGCUUUCUUUCCCCCCGCCAUCCGAUCGAUCGAGCCAUACAUCAGCCGGUUUGUCACACUGUGGCUGUUGUUGCUCUGGAACGCCGCAUGCCUACUGCCCGUCGCAAACGGCAGUACCAAAACAAAUGGCCCGCAUAUUAAGAUUGUCACCAAACAAAUAGAAUCAGGGGAACGCGGUUUCCGUCAUCCACGGCUGUGGCUAUCAACGUCUUCAAAAGUUAUCUCCACCAAGAGGCAGAUCGAGAUCGCAUAUGAGGCUGAGGAUGAGCAACAUCGAGACGAAGACUACCAAGCUCACCAGCUUGUCAGCCAACAGAAGGAACCAUUAUAG